AUGGCAUCCGCAAAACUACCACAAGCAUUCAACUUCGAUGGCGAAGUAGCCCUGGUGACUGGAGCAGGAUCACGGCUUCCCGGUGAAAUUGGAAAUGGAAGAGCAACAGCGAUCUUGCUCGCCAGGCAAGGCGCAAAAGUUGCACUUCUGGACACCAAUACCGACUGGGCUGCCGACACCCAACGCAUGAUAGAGGCCGAAGGCGGUCGCUCCGAGGUCAUUCAGACGGAUGUUACGGACGAAGAGUCCUGCCGCCAAGCUGUGCAAAGGACCGUUCAACUGUUCGGCUUCGUCUCAGUCCUCGUCAACAUCGUCGGCGUCGGUGGCGCCAUGGGGGAUGCCACCACCCUCGACCUCUCAGCCUGGGAGCGUGACCUACGGAUUAAUCUGACGAGCAUGGUCUUGAUGAGCCGGCACGCUAUCCCAGAGAUGCGGAAGAUAGGACGAGGUGCAGUGGUCAACAUGUCCUCCGUUUCCGGUCUGCUUGGUGGCAAUCCUAGUCUUCUUUAUCCAACGACCAAAGGUGCAAUUGUCCAGAUGACCCGUGCGAUGGCUGCCCAGCAUGGGCCGGAAAACAUCAGAGUCAACUGUGUUUGCCCGGGCAUGGUGUAUACGCCGAUGGUCAGAGGUAGAGGCUUGACCGAUGAGCUUAGGCAAGCCAGGAUCAAUCAGAAUCUCCUCAAACAGGAAGGGACAGGGUGGGACGUCGGCUAUGCAAUCCUCUUCUUGUGCAGCAAAGAGGCCAAAUGGAUAACAGGACUGAUAAUGCCAGUCGAUGGGGGUACGACUGCAGGAAAGGCUGACAGACCGGCUCUCAAAGCCGAUGUCCUUGCUGAGCAGAUGACUGGUAUAGCAAAUAGUCAGGGUGUGAAGGGCGCAAAGCUCUAG